AAGCGGCUCGACAGAGAGAGAAGGAGGAGAACUGGAGGAGGAAGAAGAGCUGACGGGCAGUCAGCCGUGAAUUGAAACAUAUACCGUGUGUAUUGUGUAUUGCGAACAGAAAGCCGCGUGGCGGCCGGAAAAUAAAAAGACGCAGUCGCGUCCUGAAAAAGAACUUGUCUCUCUCUCAUCUCUCAAACGAGCGGUAGCACUCAGUUUGCUACAGUGGUGGCCCGUGCGGGGAGACGGCAGGAAGAGAGAGAGAGAGAAGGUCAGAGAUGGACCCAAACCGGAGCGAGACGGCGCAGCCUCUCGUAGCGCUGGCGAGGAUGCUGGAGGGGAUGGCCCAGAUGCAGGAGCGGCAGGCGGCCGUACACGCAGAGCAGAUGGAGGCUCUGCGUGCACAAGCCUCCCUCCAGACCCAGGCGCUGCGACAGCUGGCUGCCGCCGGGGAAACCAGCUCCCGGGACCCGCCGUCCCGAUCCCCUCUCCGGAUCCACAUACCAAAGAUGACCGCCGAAGAUGACAUCCAGGCCUUCGUGGAAAGUUUUGAGGUGGCAGCGGAGGCGUGUCAGUGGCCCCACGAGGAGUGGGUUGUACACCUCCUGCCCCUUUUAACUGGGGAAGCCCAGCAGGCGGCGCAUGGACUGCCGCCCGGAGCCCGGGCGGAUUACAAGAUUGUGAAGAGGGCGAUCCUGGACCGACUGGGCUGCAGCACGGAGGAUUACCGGCGCCGGUUCCGGACGGCGAAACUGGUGGCGGAGGACCGUCCCUUCGCAUACGCCCAAAGGCUAACCCACAUGGCCCGGCGUUGGCUGCAACCAGAGACCCGGUCCGCCGGGGGCGUGGUGGAGCAGGUUAUACUGGAACAGUUCCUGGAAGGGUUGCCGGAGGGAACGGCCAAUUGGGUGCGCUGCCAUCGCCCGACCAACCUAGAGGGGGCGGUUACCCUGGCGGAAGACCACCUAGUGCUAUACCCCAGCGCCCAGCAGCAAGCACGGCCGGAACCGGCGCCUAGGAGGAGACCCCCUCCUCGUGCUGGCCCCUUCCCUGUCCCCCGGGCUCUGCCCCCUCCCUUGCCUCAAACUAAUCCCCCCUUUUUUUCCGAUUCCCUCUCCAGGUCCAGGCUCAGUGGCGGGGGGCUCCGGCUCGCAGAGGGCGCCUCAGACGCUCGGACCGGGGUGUUGGCGGUGCGGACAGCUGGGUCACCUGCGCCGCGAUUGUCCACUUAUGGAAGUGGGGCAGGUGGUCCGGGUGGUCGGGCCGCCCACUUCCGCUCCCGAUCAGGAGGGAGCGUACUGCAUCCCGGGACAGGUUGUAUCGAGUGUGUCGUGACGCUCAGACCGGUGAAGAAACGACCCAGUUGUUGGUACCCAGAAACCGCCGGGAAAUGGUUUUCCAGGCGGCUCAUUACAACCCCAUGGCGGGGCACUUAGGGUAUGAUAAGUCACUACACCGAAUAAUGGCUCGGUUUUACUGGCCGGGCAUUUGGGCGGACGUACGUCGGUGGUGUGCGUCCUGUCCCGAAUGUCAAUUAGUGAACCCCCCGGCCACCCCAAAAGCGCCGUUGCGCCCACUACCCUUAAUAGAGGUUCCCUUUGACCGAAUUGCUAUGGACCUCAUCGGGCCAUUUGAACGGAGCACCCAGGGAUACCGUUUCGUGUUGGUCUUGGUGGAUUAUGCGACCCGGUAUCCCGAAGCAGUGCCGUUGCGCAAUAUUUCAGCUAAGAGUGUUGCGCAAGCUCUGUUUCAAAUUAUCUCCCGGGUCGGAAUCCCGAAAGAGAUUCUGACUGAUCAGGGCACUUCGUUUAUGUCACGUACACUAAAUGAGCUAUACGGAUUACUGGGCGUCCGCUCUAUUAGAACCAGUGUAUACCAUCCCCAAACAGAUGGGCUUGUGGAGCGGUUUAAUAGAACUCUGAAGUCCAUGAUUCGAAAGUUCAUUCACGACGAUAGCCGAAAUUGGGAUAAGUGGUUAGUCCCUCUAUUAUUUGCAGUGCGGGAGGUUCCCCAGGCCUCCACGGGAUUUUCUCCCUUUGAACUGUUAUUCGGUAGAAAACCUCGGGGAAUAUUGGACCUAGUUAAAGAAAGCUGGGAGGACGGUCCAAGCCCCAGCAAAAAUGAGUUGCAAUACGUUAUGGACCUGCGAGCAAAACUCCAUACACUGGGUCGGUUGUCACGGGAGAAUUUGCUCGAGGCUCAGGAACGUCAGCAGAGGCACUACAAUAGAGGGACGAAACUACGUCAAUUCUCGCCGGGAGAUAAAGUCCUGGUAUUACUUCCAACCUCCAGUACAAAAUUACUCGCCAAGUGGCAAGGGCCCUUCGUGGUCACACGACGAGUUGGGGAGGUUGACUAUGAGGUGGAGCGUGCUGAUAGAGAGGGAGCGAAACAGAUUUAUCACCUCAAUUUAUUAAAAGCCUGGAAAGAGGUGGUGGCUGUUUCUCUGGUAACGGUGGAUCAGGAGAGGGACGAGCUGGGGCCGGAGGUAGUAAAUUCAAUCAAUCAGACCCCACCCCUUUCGGAUAGCCACCUCUCGCCAAGUCAGAGAGCAGACCUUGCCAUGUUGCAAAAACGGUUUGCGGAUGUGUUUUCUCCCCUACCAGGACGCACGAACCUCAUACACCACCAUAUCGACACCCCCCCGGGAGUAACGGUACGUUCCCGCCCCUAUAGACUGCCGGAGCACAAAAAGAAAUUGGUGCAGGCAGAAAUAAAGGCCAUGCUGGAGUUGGGUGUAAUAGAGGAGUCCCACAGUGCCUGGAAUAGCCCCAUCGUGCUGGUAAGUAAGCCGGAUGGCUCUAUUCGGUUCUGUGUGGAUUAUAGGAAAGUGAAUGCUGUGUCACAUUUUGAUGCCUAUCCUAUGCCUAGGGUCGACGAACUCCUGGAUCGGCUGGGCACGGCUCGUUUUUUCUCGACACUGGAUCUGACUAAGGGCUAUUGGCAGAUUCCCUUGUCUGCAAAGUCCAAAGAGAAAUCGGCUUUCUCCGCUCCGGACGGUUUGUACCAAUUCCGAACACUUCCGUUUGGGUUAUUCGGGGCCCCAGCCACCUUCCAGCGCCUGAUGGAUCGGCUGCUGCGUCCGCAUGCUGCGUAUGCUGCUGCCUAUCUGGAUGAUGUUAUCAUCCACAGUAGCAGCUGGGCACAGCAUAUGCGGCAUGUGGGGGCGGUGCUCGAGUCCUUGAGGCAGGCGGGGCUCACGGCUAACCCAAAGAAGUGUGCGAUUGGCCGAGCGGAGGUACGGUAUUUGGGGUACCACUUGGGAAGUGGACAGGUGCGACCUCUGGUGGAUAAAACCGCGGCGAUUGCGACCUGUCCACGA